AGACAGGGGUAGUGCGAGUCCGGGCACAGCCUUCCUGUGUGGUUUUACCGCCCAGAGAGCGUCAUGGACCUGGGGAAACCAAUGAAAAGCGUGCUGGUGGUGGCUCUCCUUGUCAUUUUCCAGGUAUGCCUGUGUCAAGAUGAGGUCACGGACGAUUACAUCGGAGACAACACCACAGUGGACUACACUUUGUUCGAGUCUUUGUGCUCCAAGAAGGACGUGCGGAACUUUAAAGCCUGGUUCCUCCCUAUCAUGUACUCCAUCAUUUGUUUCGUGGGCCUACUGGGCAAUGGGCUAGUCGUGUUGACCUAUAUCUAUUUCAAGAGGCUCAAGACCAUGACCGAUACCUACCUGCUCAACCUGGCGGUGGCAGACAUCCUCUUCCUCCUGACCCUUCCCUUCUGGGCCUACAGCGCGGCCAAGUCCUGGGUCUUCGGUGUCCACUUUUGCAAGCUCAUCUUUGCCAUCUACAAGAUGAGCUUCUUCAGUGGCAUGCUCCUACUUCUUUGCAUCAGCAUUGACCGCUAUGUGGCCAUCGUCCAGGCUGUCUCAGCUCACCGCCACCGUGCCCGCGUCCUCCUCAUCAGCAAGCUGUCCUGUGUGGGCAUCUGGAUACUAGCCACGGUGCUCUCCAUCCCAGAGCUCCUGUACAGUGACCUCCAGAGGAGCAGCAGUGAGCAAGCAAUGCGAUGCUCUCUCAUCACAGAGCAUGUGGAGGCCUUUAUCACCAUCCAGGUGGCCCAGAUGGUGAUCGGCUUUCUGGUUCCCCUGCUGGCCAUGAGCUUCUGUUACCUUGUCAUCAUCCGCACCCUGCUCCAGGCACGCAACUUUGAGCGCAACAAGGCCAUCAAGGUGAUCAUCGCUGUGGUCGUGGUCUUCAUAGUCUUCCAGCUGCCCUACAAUGGGGUGGUCCUGGCCCAGACGGUGGCCAACUUCAACAUCACCAGUAGCACCUGUGAGCUCAGUAAGCAGCUCAACAUCGCCUACGACGUCACCUACAGCCUGGCCUGCGUCCGCUGCUGCGUCAACCCUUUCUUGUAUGCCUUCAUCGGCGUCAAGUUCCGCAACGAUCUCUUCAAGCUCUUCAAGGAUCUGGGCUGCCUCAGCCAGGAGCAGCUCCGGCAGUGGUCUUCCUGUCGGCACAUCCGGCGGUCCUCCAUGAGUGUGGAGGCCGAGACCACCACCACCUUCUCCCCAUAGACUACUCUUCUGCCUGGACUAGAGGGACCUCUCCCAGGGUCCCUGGGGUGGGGAUAGGGAGCAGAUGCAAUGACUCAGGACAUCCCCCCGCCAAAAGCUGCUCAUGGAAAAGCAGCUCUCCCCUCAGAGUGCAAGCCCCUGCUCCAGAAGAUAGCUUCACCCCAAUCCCAGCUACCUCAACCAAUGCCAAAAAAAGACAGGGCUGAUAAGCUAACACCAGACAGACAACACUGGGAAACAGAGGCUAUUGUCCCCUAAACCAAAAACUGAAAGUGAAAGUCCAGAAACUGUUACCACCUGCUGGAGUGAAGGGGCCGAAGAGGGUGAGUGCAAGGGGCGUGGGAGUGGCCCGAAGAGUCCUCUGAAUGAAACUUCUGGCCUCCCACAGACUCAAAUGCUCAGACCAGCUCUUCCGAAAACCAGGCCUUGUCUCCAAGACCAGAGAUAGUGGGGAGACUUCUUGGCUUGGUGAGGAAAAGCGGACAUCAGCUGGUCAAACAAACUCUCUGAACCCCUCCCUCCAUCGUUUUCUCCACUGUCCUCCAAGCCAGCGGGAAUGGCAGCUGCCACGCCGCCCUAAAAGCACACUCAUCCCCUCACUUGCCGCGUCGCCCUCCCAGGCUCUCAACAGGGGAGAGUGUGGUGUUUCCUGCAGGCCAGGCCGGCUGCCUCUGCCUGAUCAAAGCCACACUCUGGGCUCCAGAGUGGGGAUGACAUGCACUCAGCUCUUGGGAUGGGAGGAGAGGACAAGGGAAAUGUCAGGGGCGGGGAGGGUGACAGUGGCCGCCCAAGGCCCAUGAGCUUGUUCUUUGUUCUUUGUCACAGGGACUGAAAACCUCUCCUCAUGUUCUGCUUUCGAUUCGUUAAGAGAGCAACAUUUUACCCACACACAGAUAAAGUUUUCCCUUGAGGAAACAACAGCUUUAAAAGAAAAAGAAAAAAAAAAGUCUUUGGUAAAUGGCAAAUGAGCGUGUCUUUGUUUUGCAAUCCCCCACACCCCACCUGACCGUCCCCUCUCCCCUCCUCCCUGCCCUCUCCCAGGCCUCGUUUCUUAGAGACGCUCAGAACCACAAAGUUGCUCAGGAAUGCUCUGAGCCCGUCUGGUGACACAGGACCAAGAGGCUGAAAGGUAGAAGGAAGAUGAGGACAGGAGGUCCAUCUUGCAAAUACCCUUCCAGAGUUCAAGGGAUAGGCCCCAAGCCUGCAUGGUCAGCACUGAACCGGACAUGCUGAUCCUACUGCAGCUUUGGGAAGACCAACUUUUCCGGGUAACCUCGAUACCUGAGGACUCUGCAUUUAGCAGCUCUUGCACAGUAGCCUGCUCACCUGUCCCAGCUCAGACCAGAACUCGAGCCCUUAACCUUUUGUCAGCCCCUUAGACUCUGAAAGCUGGGGUUUGGAGGGAGGGCCUUUCUGUGGGCUUGGAGACCACAGCAUACUGGACUAGGGGUCAGGGAUGAGACCCUUUGCUAGCAUGAGAGCUGGAACCACCCAUGAUCCUCUCUGCUAGCCACUGUAGCAGCAGUGGCCUCCGUGGUGUAUGUCAUAGUCCCUUCCUGCUGGUACAACAAAAUGCCACCGAUGGAGUAAUUUACAAACCAUAGAAAUGUAUUUCUCACAGUUUUAGAGAAUUGGAAGUCCAAGAUCAAGACGCCAACAGAUUCAGUGUCUGGUUCAGGCUCUCUCUGCUUCCAAGAUGGGGCUUUGCCAUGCCCUCUGGAGGGGACAAACGCUGUGUCCUCACGUGGUAGAAGAGUGGAAGAUCACAAUGAGCCUAACUAGUUCCCUCCUGCUCUUUUAUUGCUAUAAGGGCAUUAAUCCCGUUCACAGGGGUGGAGCCUUCAUGACCUAAUCACCUCCCAAAGGCCCCCCCCAACUUCUCAUACCAUUGCUUUGGGGGUUAUGUUCCAACCAUAUGAAUGUUGGAAAGAUACAUACAUUCAAACCAUAGUAUGGAUACUGACUGUGGAGGAGCAGGGAGAGAGGGACAGACAAAGGCCCCCACACAGGCCAGGUGUCCGUGUCAUUUCGUGCCUUGGUGCCACCCAGAGCCGUGACUUCUGCAAGCCAGAGAGCAGGUCAGUCCAACCUACCAUGCGUCAAGAGGGGUCUGAAGGACGCAGAGCUGCAAUCGCUCUGGGCCGUGGGGAGCUAGAGGGAGGGCUGAGGCACUCACGCAAUAGGUGAUUCCAUCCAUUUCCCCAAGUGGAAAGAGCCUCGUUGAAAAUGGAGCUGCCUGGUAAUGACACCCAUUCGCUCAUCUCGCAAGCACGUGACAUUACCCUCCUCCGAGAGAUGCACUGGGCUGGAAGGUUUUUAACAAGAUUUGUCAGCUGGUCUCCAAGCCGGGAAUCGGCGCCCUGAGAGGAAUGAGCCUGGCACGGAUGCAGUCAGCAUGGAGUGGCGUUUGCAGCAACGGCAUUAAAUAUUAAAAGGCACAGCUGCGACUGUGUGCGUGAGCGUGUGGCCAGGGGGCGAUGCCAGUGUGCGUGUGUGUCCCCGAGGGGAACCUGCCGGAGCGCGUGUGCGUGUGGAGCCCGCUGGUGUGGACAUCCUAAUGAGGUUACAGAUGGGAAAACAACCCUCGGUUCCUGAAGGGGAAGAAUGUAACAGAGCAGUCAUGCAAAAGGCAGCCAGGCCAGCCGCACAAAUGUGCCACCUCAGCUGCAGAUACAUUUUUCUAGAAUAACUGGACAUCUCCAAAUAUUUACAGAGAAAACAAAACCCCCAGCAAUGUCAGUUCCCUCGAACUGCUGUGUCUCAGAAGUUCUGACCUCGGUUCAGUGCUGGCCUGAUCCCUGCUCCCUUGCCCAAGGCUCUCAUGUGCCCAUCUUGAGCUUGGGGUGACCCCUGGGAAGAAGGAAAAGGCCCCCUGGGAGGCCCACCCAGGGCUUCUCUCUUCUUUUCUUACCUGCUUCAUACAUCUGAACCCUCUUCCCAGGUUCACAGCCAAUAAGCCUUCUCCAGUCACCUGAAAUUUCCUUUUCAUUUCAUCCCCAGGCCCUCAUCUCCCUCAUCCUUGCUGGCUGCAACCCCAGGCCAAGCCCAAGGCAUUCCCAGGCCACAGGUCUGCCCUUUAAGCUAGAAGCACCACACCUUUCUCAUCACAGACUCACAGAGCUCCAAGAGACCUCAAAGAUCAGCUGGGCCAAUCCCCCAGUCAUUUUCUAGAUGGUGAAACUGAGGCCCAGUGGGGAGAAGCUGACUUGCCUGAAGAGGCGUGGCAAUGC